AUGCCUGUCAGUAUCAUUGAAGCUCAGACACAGAGAGUCUUCUUGAAGACUUUGGUUGGACCAACAACAGAUCUGCUUAGAGAACAAAUUGCAGCUCACCAAAGUCUUCAAGAAGACCUGGAAAGUGAACAAGCUAACAUCAACUCCCUCUCCAACAUGGUGGUGGUUGUUGAUGAGAGUAGCUCAGACAGUGCUUAUUCAUCAUUGGAAGAUGAAUUGAAUGCCUUGGGAGAAAGAUGGGCCCAUAUCUGCAGAUGGGCUGAAUCACGCUGGAAAACUUUGCAGACAUUAUCUGUUCACUGGACACACUAUGAACAAGAAAUGAACAAGAUGGGAGAGUGGAUGAAUGAAAAAGAAUCAUUAUUACGUGAGGUAGAAAGUAACCCAUCUUCGGAUCAGGAGCACAUCCUUCGUCAAGCAAGCAUGCUCCAGAUUCUGCAAGCAAGAGGAAAGUACAACAUCGCCUUUUUGAACAUUUGCAAGAAGAGAGUGCCAAAGUUUUAAGCCAUUUACCACAGGACUCACCUGGCCAGGAAAAAAUCCCAUCUGAGUUAGAAAUGGUCCAAGACCGCUUAGACUGCCUCGUCGUACAUUAAAAGUC